AUCGACAAUCGGAAGUUCUUACCAUAUCUCAUAAUAUAGGUUUCAAGAAGUCACAUACGCAUGACAUAAGAUUACUUUCGCAGAUUACCUACCUAGGUAGGUAUAGUAGGUUCAUAUAUCCAUUAGCAUGUCCUUCAUCUUGUAGACGCUGAUAUAAACAUACUACAUGCCACGUUACAACAUUUAUCUAAGGCAAAGAUUACACACGGAAGCUGAAGGUUAUCAUAGAUAGUUGUAUUAUACAACCAUUAAGCUGUACAAUCCAUCCGACGCGCACAAGCUCAAGUCAUACUUAGCGAUCCGCAGAAACGGCACAACAUGAAGGGACCAAGAAUUGCCACCCAGGAGAAGUGCUACUGUGCCAUUUGUGGCGGUCCAUUCAAACCCCCUCAUUUUAUGAAUAAGAAAUCCAAAACACCUUUUGGCUAUAAUCCGGAAACAGUUAGCAAAAAGAAAGCUUCCUGGAUCACGAAAGUCCGUGUUAUAUUAGAACAGAUUCCCGGUGAUAGACGGGGAUAUAUAUCUGGGGUGGGAAAAUUGAAGGAUGGCUAUAUUGAGCUCGAUCCCGAAGACGAUGACAACCGUCUCAUACCCAGUUCGAUCAAUUACGUUUGCUAUAAAACGGGUUUUACGGCGAAACCAUUAGGUGCCAUCCCCUUCCAUUGGCCAUGCUAUGAAAUAUUGGCCCGCGCCCUAUAUCCCAACGCGGACGACCCAAUUCAUCAUGUGGACCUAGAUCGGCUUUUCCUUACAAUGUUUAUGCUCACAGGGGAUGGGUUUUCGCUAGACCUCGAGUCUGGUGCUGAGGAACGACAAAAAGAAUAUUAGGAAUGCUGCACAGGCGAAGAGUAUUUCAUUGCAAACCCAGCUCCUUCGGCCGAAUUGACAUUUCGUGUCGGAAAGAUGAUGGCAGGCGUACGAUUCCCUAAGUCACUUCCAGAUUUUGAUCUUGGAAGUCGAGUAAUAAAUGAUCCGUUCAAAAAACUACCAUCCGAUAUCAUCUACUUGAUCUGUCAGCAGCUCCCCGCCACAGAUAUUCCUUUAUUUGCCAAGGCGUCUUAGUGGGUUAAUGCUGUCCUUCGCAGAGGUAACUUCUGGAGGUAUUUUAUCAAAUACGGCAUGCCUUGGUUCAUCGAAAUAGAGGAACUUAUUAAACUAGGCACCUUGCGUCGUCAGGGUUUAUUCAGGGGAAUUUUUUUCUGGGCGUUGGAUGCAGUCCAAUGCUACAGAGGGCUAAAAGGUCCUCUCAUGUACGUUGCGAAUCGGCGGCGAAUGUGGGAAGUCUGCGAGGACAUAGCAUUGACCUACUAUAAUAAUGACGUCUAACACGCUAGAAGAGUAGUAGUCUGAGUGGUCGAAUAAAAAAGAAUAUCAAAUCCAAGCUAAC